AUGGAAGCCGAGGAAAGAGAAUCUGCAGAUAUGAAGCCAGAGGAGCUUCCAUCAGCGGGUAAUGGACAUGCUCCCGCUGAAGAGGACAUCACACAGCCAGGCCAUCAUUCACAGGACGUAGGACCUGAGGAUGAAAGUCUCGAAACAGGACUUAAACGCAAGCGAACGCCGCCACCGGAUGGGAUGUCGAGAAGUGCCUACAAAAAAUUCAAAAGAAAUCAACAGUGGGAAGCUGGUCGUGCCGAGCGAAAAGCUAAGCGCAAGGAAAAGGAGCGCAUGAAGAAAGAAGCACGCAAAGCCGCUAUUGCGGCUGGAGAAGAGCUCCCGCCAGCACCAAAGCUACCUAAGGGACCGUCAGCCCUUGUACCGGUGACAUUUGUCAUAGACUGUGGUUUCGAUGAGCUGAUGACGGAGAAUGAGAUUAAGAGUCUUGCGAGUCAAAUCACGCGAUGCUACAGCGACAACUCGAAGGCUAGGUUCAAAGCACAUCUUGCCGUGAGUAGCUUCAAUGGGAGACUGAGGGAAAGGUUCGAAAAUGUGUUGGGAGGUCAGUUCAAGGUUUGGAAAGGGGCCAAAUUUUACGACGAGGAUUUUGUGGACGUAGCACAGAAGGCAAGGGAGAAGAUGGUCGAUGGAGAGACUGGAGGGACAGUUGAAGGUGCUUUGUCAGGUGGAAAUGAUGAUGCAGCGAACGCGUCGCCUGAGCAGGGUGAAGUUGUGUACCUCUCUAGCGAGAGCGAACACACCAUCAAACAACUCAAGCCGUACAGCACCUACAUCAUUGGCGGACUAGUCGAUCGGAACCGCCACAAAGGCAUCUGCUACAAAAGAGCUCGCGAAAGAGGAAUCAAAACGGCAAAGCUGCCGAUCGGUGAGUUCAUGGAAAUGAACAGUCGAUACGUGUUGGCGACAAAUCACGUCUACGAAAUCAUGCUGCACUGGUUGGAGGGCGGGGACUGGGGAGAUGCGUUUAUGAAGGUUAUGCCAAAACGGAAAGGAGGCACUCUUAAAAGCAGGGAACAUGCGGAUGGAGACGAUCAAGAUCAGGAAUCUGAGGAGGAGAACAAAGACGAGGAAGAACGCCUAGGCGGCGAGGCUGAGGGGAAGGCUGACGGCGUUACGGUUGAGACAGGUCCAGGAUCGACAGGCCAAGCGGUUGGCUGA